UAUUCUGGUAUGUUAUCGAUGUUUGUAUGGGGUUCGUCGCGUUCUUUACAAGCAUUAUGUUUGAUAAAUGUGAAUCAUUUGUGAGGUUGAAAUUUGGACGUUUGGUUUGUGUUGUGGUAGAUUAUUGUUGCAAUAUUAGCUAUUUUCUUCGAUUUUGUUUUGAAUGAGUGCAAAAUUGAUUGUGUUCGAUGAGAUUAUUGAUGUACCGGAUGGUCGAAAUUGAUUAAAACAUCGAAUCCUGGUUAUGAGAUGGAUUAAUUAGGGGUUUUGCAUAACAACCUUGCAGGCUCAUAAUGUUGCUGCUAUGUGAAUGUGGUGAUCGUUGUAGCUGAAUAAAAUUGGGCUUUGUAACACUAUGACUAUUAACAGAAAAAAGAAAAGUCUUCUUUUAAAUUUUAUCAUUUUCAUGAAUGUGUCUCAAGUAGGGAUUGUUUUACUUACAACUCUCGUUGCACUUUAGUAGUUUAGUGAUAGAAAGCCCGACAAAGAAAAUUGAUCCCCAAAUGACGAUAAGCAAAACAAUUGAUCCAGACAGUACCAUUCUGUUAUAUUCCAUAAAAUGCAUCAUAAACUAUCUGAGCCGGCACAAAUGCUCCACCAGUGUCAUUGCUCGGAUCAUAGUGGUAGCUCAAAUCCUGAACGACAAAGGCUACAUAGAAUCUGUAGACAUAUAUCCUUUUAAGACAAAUAUAAAAUUAUAGAUCAAAAGUGCUCUCGUAGCUCACUCGUACUUGUUCCAAUCAAUUUAUGACUCUGUUCUCUUCACUUGGCCUGAUUUAAUUUUUCUAGCAAAUAAGAAUAAGUUAAAGAUAACAAAGCCGUAGAUUUAUUAUGAUUGUGAAUGUACCAAGGAACCACUAGGAAUUUGUUUGACAUUAUAAGGAAAAAUCUCCGUCAUUUGGAACUGUAUGUGAAAAGAAAUAUGCACCUAAGGAACCACUAGGAAUUUGUUGGACAUUUUUAUGGUUUCUGACUAAAAUUUCAUAGUAGUUAAGCUUAAUGUCACUUGCAUUAUUUGAUUAGAUAUUAUGAAUAGUAUGUUCUACAUGCAUUAUAUAUUUACUAGGUUAGAUUUUGAUCAUCUGAUAUGCCUGGAAAUAAGAUAGGUGUAUUAUAUAGUUAUAUGAAGUUAGGUAGCUAAUUUAUCUAUCUAUUCUUUUCUUUAAUUGAAUUUGAUUGAUUGUUACUGUUGUGGGAUCUUUUACGGUGAUGACGUGUCAUGCGUUCCUCGGCGGUAUCAAGUAUGAGCUGGCACGAACCUCUGGCAACCUGCAAAACAAGAAUAUUCCUGUAGGAAUAUUCCCUCCGAUGCUUAAAUGAAAGCCAAUAAGGCCAACUUUCCUAGUCCACACCAUCAAGUUAGAGUUACAGAUAUGAAAGAAUGCGGAUGGAGAAUUUGAAAAUGAAUGUAGACAGAAUAACUGCUAAAAGUGCCGGGUUCUUAGCUAAGAAAAUACUACAAGAAAAACUUCAUGUUUCGGGUUUUCCAAAUGGAAAUGGCAAUAACCUGGUGGAAGAAUUAGAUGAUGAGUCAACAUCUGAGUAUGAUGGAGGCUGUAACGUGGAUGAAACUACUAGCAACACGAAAAUUGAAAAUUUCACCCGUCAUAAAAAAAGGUUUUGGCUCAGUCCCCGACUAUGGGUGAUUUUGUGAAGAAUAAUAAUACCAAACAGAAGCAUCAUCGGGGUAAGCAAGGUCGUGAAAAUAACUCAACUAGCUCUGUUCAGAAGGUUCAAGAACAAUAUAGUUAGAAGAAGAAACAACCUUUCCAAAAUCCAAGCUCUGAUAAAGAGCAAGAGAAGCAUGAUGUUGUUAAGAAAAGGAAGCAAAAACAGAAGUCAUAUUGUUCUCCAAGUUCCAUGACAAGGUAUCUUGAUCUUCGAAAAAAGCAAUUAGAAAAUAAUGAAAUGGUUGCAGCCGGUAAUCCAAUUCUGAAUACUAAAACAUCACCAAUAAGAGCUGAUAAUGAUGAUGAUGAUGUACAACUGAAUAAUAAUGAUGCUGGAUAUGACCUUGGAUUUAAAUUAGAAUUGGAGACAAUAGCUGAAAACGAAAAGGAAGCUCCUAAGAAGAAGCAUCGAGGGCCAACAAAGCUUACACAAGUUCAUGCGCGUACAAGAGAAGAACACCAAUAUAUUAUUCUAAACUUGUUUGGCCAACCAGUAGGACCUACAAAGGAAAUUGUUGAAGAGUUUAAGUUUUUCCUCGGAACUUUGGGGAAGGAUUCUAAGCUUACGCCAAUUAAUUAUGUCAAUUUUCGAGAUCUGCCCACACAUGACAAUAUAUGGGAUUAUGUUUUGGAAAAAUAUAUAGUUCUUGAAGCCGGAAGAAAAUAUGCAAUGGAGGCUGUCAAUACAAGUUGGCGUAGUUAUAAAUGCAGAUUUAAGAAGAAUCAUUUCUAUGCAUAUGCCACUGAUGAGUUAAGAUGGGAGAAUAAACCAGACACUAUUUCGGUACCUCAGUUUCAAGACCUCUUGAAUUACUGGAAAUGUGAAAAAAUUGAGGAAGAAAGUAAGACCAACAGAGAAAAUCGUUUGUUGUUAAAUGAUAUGCACACGAUGGGCCGUAAGGGGUUUGCAAAUUUACGUAAUGAAUUGCAAGAGCAGGAUCCGGAUAAGCAAGAACCUUCUCAAGCAAAGGUCUACAAAUAAUCAAGGAAAAGAGUUCCAGGGAGAACAUACCUUACCAACCCUGAGAAAAUCGAAGAGAAUAUUGCAAAAAUAGAUGCUUUAGAGUCCACCCAAGAUGGAGAAGAAGGGAGCAACACCAAAGACCUUAUCUCUGAAGUGAUACAAGGUCCCAAAAGCAAAAGCAAAAGUUGCGUACCACAUUACGGAAAAUGUGUGACAAAGAGUGACUUGAAGAAAAAGGAAAAAAAACCAGGCUUCUUGAUUCCGGAAGAUUUCUUGCAGAGUAUGAAAACAGAGUUGGUGCAGCAACUUGCACCCAACGUUUUGUCUAUGAUUGUAUCUCAACUUCAAGUAGCUAAUCCCGAGAUAAAUAUAGUUAUUCCUGAUUUUUUGACUCCAUCGACUCCAAAGGAUGCUGCCAGUGCGCCGCGUGUCAUUGAGAAAAAUGGGCAGUCUAGUGGGACAAGUAGGACAAUUAACCAGGAGCAUGGUGAGCUAAAUGGAGAAGAAAUGUAGAUCUGACAAUGAGACGGUCGAGGCUCUUGUUUGUUUUAGGCCAUUUUGGGAUUUCUAGUAACGUUGAAUUUGUUUCUAUGGAUUUUAAUUUUAUGUACUUUUGUCAUUAAAAACACUAAAUUAAUUAGUGAACAACUAUUUUGUAAUGCAUGUGUCCUAUAUGGGCACUAAUAUAUAUUGUAAUAUUACUCUUUAAGUUAAUGAAAAUCUUUUGUUAUUGGCCUCUA